ACCAAAAUAUGUGGUAAAUGCGUACCUCUGUACUGGCAUAACGUUUUUAAGUUAUUUUCCGUAAGAACAUUGUAUUUCUCAAAAUUAUAAAAUGUUGUCUUUAAAUGUGUCAUUCAAUGAGACAUCAAGCUAUCUUAGUGCACAAAAAGUUUGGUUGGCGCUCAUGUUAUGAACUGUUGUCUCGGUAGAAUUAGACCGCCGUUUGUUUCUCGUUCGUGUGCUCUGCAGAAUGAGGUUUUCAGUUUUUAUAUUAUAAAAAAUCCUCGGUGUCUUAUAUACUUUGCGUGUGUUGAGGAUCAAAUGCUGUCAGUAGAUAAUGUGUCUCCGAGGUUCGGAGAAAUGGAUGGGUCUACGACGAAUGUUAUGGAGUUUCCCAAAGUCCCAUCACUGGUGGAGAAUGAAGAGUGGACAUACACAAUGCGACGGACCAUGCAAGAGAUAGUUCCUGGGUUAUUCCUUGGCCCAUAUUCUGCAGCAAUGAGAUCUAAACUUGAGAUUUUGUUAAACCAUGGCAUUACACAUAUUGUUUGUGUUCGGCAAGACAUUGAAGCUCAUUUUAUCAGACCAAAUUUUCCAGAUAGAUUCAAAUACUUAAUACUUGACAUAGCAGAUACUGUCACAGAGAAUAUAAUUCAGCAUUUUCCCAAAGUUCGUCAGUUUGUUGAUGAGAGCCUCACGUCCGGAGGAAAAACAUUAAUUCAUGGCAAUGCUGGAAUAUCUCGAAGUGCUGCUUUGGUUCUUGCAUAUAUAAUGGAGAAGUAUGGUUUGUCUUGCAACUGUGCCUUCAACCUGGUGCAGCAACGUCGAUUCUGCAUCAACCCAAAUGAAGGAUUCAUGGCCCAGUUAGCAGAGUUUGAGCCGAUAUACAAGGCACAGCGCACCCUCCAGAAUGGCCAGUGUUCGACGGAAAAAAGUCGCAAUAAGAGGCGCAUAGAUCAAGUGGAUGAUGCUUCAGCUCCUGCAGACGAUAUGGAUGUAACUUCUAGCUGAUAAGAGUGAUGCAAGACAUUUUAUUUUGUUUCUUAGCAGAAUACUGCAGAACUCAGACCUUGAUACAUAUUUUACCUUUCUUUUUUGUCCCUUUUUGUUAGUGAAAUGGAAAGGAAAAAAGGCAUUAUAAAUGCUCUGUUUUCAGAGUGUUAUGCAACUGCAACCUAUAACAAUACUUUUGAGAGACCCAAGAGAGACUGCUACUUUAUUGAUUUUCAUUUAUAUGACUUUGUAGUGAACUUGAAGUUGUAAAAGAAUUUAAACAAUAGUUCUCUAUUUUCAGAGAUGGUGUGACUGAUGUGAAUCUCUAGCUAAGCUCAAAAAACUCUUGACCUCUUUUCCUUUUUCUGUCACUGACUAGUGAAAUGGAAAGGAAAGAAAAAUAAAUAUAAAAUAACGUGCUAUUUUCUGAGAUAUCAUUUAAGAUACUUCUAUAGACCUGAUACUCAUUAAAACUUGGACUUGCUUUUUUUCUUUCUUCUUUCUAUCUUUAAUUCGCAUCUAGUGAAAAGGUCAGAUUGAAGAAAUGAGUGAAAAAGAUAACAAUUUUAUUUUCAAAUAAGAUGUGUUUACUGAUUAAGAACAAUUGUGGUGAAUUAACCAGUGUUAUUAUAAUCAAGUUAGUGUAAAGGUAAAAAAAAUGUGUUCUGUGGACUCAAGCAAGUUCAAAGAAUUUGCAUGUUAAGAAUGUGUGUUAAAAAGACUGAAUAAGAUGUAAGAAUGUUUCUGAUGUUUACUUAUCCACAAGUGGCAAUUUUAGCUGUUUGAUGUUAAUUUAGUGUUAUAAUACUAUGAAAAUAUGCCAAACCUGAUCUGUUUGCAUUAAGAGGUUGUAUAUACCAGUUCUGAUUGCUCGUUGUUUAUGGCACCUCAUCUACUUUAAUUCUGUUGUUUGGUUUAUUAGAUGAACUCAGUUGCUUAUAAUGUUAAAUGCAGCUAAUGAGAAGUUCUUAACUCUAAAAGCCAAAAAACAAAGUAUCCAUAUCUGCUCAUAAGUGAUAAUGUAAGAAAUGGAACAGAAUGCUCAAGUUAAAUUGACAUUGGAUAAUUCUAAUUUCUAAUGGAAAUUUUGAAUUAUUUAAUUGAAACCAAAUUUCUUCUCAUAGAAGUUCUUGUUUAAAUUUAUGAAACAAAUCCUUAUUUUAUUCAAGUUUCCGAAGAUAACAUUUUGAUUAUUUGAAUUCAGGAGUACCUAAUCUGGAAUUCAAACAGUAUUCAACCCUGAGAAAGUGUCAAAGAGACUCUGAAUUAACAAUACUGAGUAUGAAAUCUAUUUGGUAGAAGAGAGUUGUCAAUGAAGAGUCAAGGAAAUGUCAUUGAGAAGGGACUUAACAAGUUCAUUACCUUUGGCACUUUUAUCGUCACAGCAUCAAAACAUAGAGAAUGUUGAGCAAUAUGGCAAUAGCAGUGUUAUAUCAGUAUUUUGAAAAAUGUUACUUCUGGGUAAAUGUAGUUGUGAAAGCAAAUAAUUGAGGAAAUUCAGUGAAAGGCACUGUUUACUUUCUUCAAGUUUUCUUGAGUAUUUUGAACUGUUUAAAUCAUUCUAUUGUAAACUCUGCUCAGUGGUUUUUCACUUUGGGAGGUUGCUGAAAAUUUGUUUGGUAUUCAAGCCAGUAUGAUAUAGAAAGUUUAUUUAUUACUUAAUUGCAAUUUGGGAUUCUCUGGGAGAUUGAAUUAAAGAGAAUCCCCAACUCACAGGGAGUAUCACCCUGCCUGUUUACCUAUGUGCAAAAAUACAAAUUCUGGGAAUUGUAAAUCUUUUUGAAAUAUAAAUUAUUUUUUAGUAUUGUGCCAGUGGAAUUGUUUUUAGCAGGUUGCGGUUUUGUGCCCAUAUCCAAAUUUAAAAAAACAUUUGGCUUCUAUGAGGCCUAGUGUGAAACAAUGGUGCCUGUUCUUGAACAGUGUGACUUUAAGAUGGUUGUAGAGAUUUAUAAGUUCUGUGGCUUUGAUAGUUCUGAUGGUUAAUAUUGUUCUUUUUUUAUAAUCAUUACAUUUGCAACUGGAAUGUUUUCAGAGACUCUUAAAGCUUAUUCUUAGACUAUUUCUGUCAAAAAUCUAUUUUCCUCCUGCAUCCUCGGAAGGAUAUUUUCAGUCUUGUAACUGAAUACUUCUGUUGCGUGUUAUUUUCUGCCUGAAUGCUGCUGUGUCCUGAUCAGCGAUAUCACUAGUUUGGCUGUCAGUUUCAGAGUUUUUCUUCGUGAUAUUAGUGUACUUUACACAUUCUGUACAGUGAUAGUCUGAAGAUUACCAAACAGUGGUUGAAAUAUUUGUAUUUUGAUUCAGGGCAAAGCACACGUAGCUUGGUUGACAUUUGGUGUCAUGCAUGAAGAGAAAAUAAGAGAAAAAAAAUAUUUGAUAACUUGUACCUUGAUUUUAUUCCAUCUUUUUAUCCCAUCUAUCUCUUGUUUUCCAUUUCUCUAUCCGUGCCUCUCUUUCUUCCUCACAUUUUCCCUUUUCUUCAUUCCUUUCACUCUUUCUUUGUCUUGUCCUCUCAAAGUUUUUCUUUCUCUCUCAACAACUCCUACUAACAUAUUCCCAUCUUUUUUUUCUCUCUCUCUUCAAUGUUUGCUUUCAUCAUGAAUUGGAGCUGCAUUACAUGUCAAAUUGAGGGUUUGUUGGGAAAUAUAACAUUGCAUAAUUUUGAAUAUAUGAACAGAGAAAGUUAUUGGAAAUGAUCAUAUUGUUUUUAUUUUUAGAAACAAGCAUUACUGAAACUGGUUAGAAUUUUUGAUUGUUCAAUCUUUUUGUAACUAUCCUUUUUCAUGCUGGAAAAUAAUUUUCCUAAUCUUCUGUUGAAUUUUUUGGUGUCAGUGCUUUGAUAAUUAUAUUCUUGUUUGAAUAUGUAUUCCUUACUAUUUCCAAACAUACAAGUGCAAUGGUACAUCAAUAAUAAAUGGUCACAUUAUUUCUAUUGCUUUGUCUUUUGAAACUGCCAAUUUAUGUGUGUGUGUGUGUGUAAAAUAUAUUUAUCGUUCAGGUAUGCUGUGUACUACAAUCAGUAUUAUAUAGGUAAUAAUAUUUUUGCUGAAUUACUUUGGAAUACAUUUAUUUUGUGAAUAUUGUAGGAGUGUGAUUUAUUCUUUUUACAAAGUAUGGACAAGAGGAUCUAAGUAAAUGUGUUAUAUAUUAUCUUCUUAUUGUGCAGUUUCUUAUCCACUCUUUACAAAUGUUUUGUUCCUUGUCAUGGUUGGAUAUUUUUUUUAUUUGCAACUUAAUUCGUCCUGCAUGAUGUUGGAGUACCUGAGGAGAAUUGCAUUGCAAAGUAAUAACUUUCAUAUUUCUGGAGGUUUAAUAUUACUUUAAUUAUGUUUUCAUUGAAAAGCUUAGUUAUGAGAAGUUCAACUUCUAAACCCUCAAUUAAAUGAGACAGGCCCAUUUUCGGGAUAGUUCUGUGAAGCAAGGGUGUUUUUUUUUAGAUAUUUGUUUAUAUGAUUAUACCUACACAUAUCACUUGCAAGGUACGUUCCAAUGUAUGGCAAGGAAACGGCAUGAACUGUUUUUAUAUCUUCUUGUAAGUUAAUGUUUAUUUUGAAUGUUGUAAAUUGAAAUACACUGUUUAAAGGAAUAGAUUUUAAAAUUUGAUAUUAGAUUUUUAUAUUGUCAUCCCAGUUAUUAGAAACAAAGAUAAUACAGGAAUAUUAUUUCCAAAGUUAACCCUGAAUUCCUUUAAAGUGAUUAUAUUUACCUAAUGUAAUUCUGAGGAGUGUGAUAAAGAAUUUUUGUUGCUUAUAUCUUUAAAAAAAAUUGAAUUAUUUGCCAAGAAAAGAGGGAAACAAAACCAAAAUUUUGAAGUAGUUUCCUUUAGAAAGGCCAAUGAAUGUGUUAAUGCCAUUGAUGAAUUUCUUAGUGUUCUAAUAAAGGUGAAAACCUUAAUGAAUCAUUAUGUUAGUAAAGCAGGAUGAAGGAUGUGUAAGAAUAAGCUUCCAGCAAAACAACUUUUGUGAUUAUUGUUAGAGGUACAUAUUUAUCAAGAUACAUGAACUUUAAUUAUUAUUUUUCAAGUGAGUACUUAUUCAUAUUUAAUUAAGAUGUGGAAGAGUGCAUUUAGAAAUAAUGUUUCUGCAAUUAAUAAGAUAUUAUUUUUCCUAUGAUAAAUAUUUGACAUGUGUUGUGAGAGAAGCUAUGACUUGUAUUUGCUCAGUAUGAAUAAUUGCCAUUCUAGAAUGCCCAAAUGAAAACUUGAAAUUAUGCCAUUUGUGGGGAGACUGUGAUAUUGAUAUCAUAUUUUAUUUUAGAUACUGUUUGUGCAGUUCAGUUAGCUGACAACUUGCUAAGUAAAUGAAAGUCUUUCAGUUACAUUAAAAUUGUUUUAUGUAUGGAUAUUUCAGCACAUUGUCACAUAUGCUAAAAUUGCUGAAGUAUUGAUAUGUAAAACACUGAAGAUGACAUGAUGUGUUAAAAAAAUGUAUACUCUUAAUAAAGCCAUCAUUUCUACAGUAUCCUAGCAGAAGGUUUCCUAAAGGUAGCAAGUAUUAUUUUAUCAUGUAAAGUUGGUUUAGACUUCUGUUAAAUGUCUAAAAGGAAGCUUUUGAUUCAUGAACUUCAAGAAUGUUCAUGUCACAAUGUCAUCAGACAUUUCAAACACAUUGUGUCAGAACAUUGAAAGUCUGGGAAUGAAAAUAAAAAUAAAUUGUUUCAUGAGAAAUUAUAUUUUGUUCCUUCAUGAAGUCGGUUUCCUCUCAUUGAUUUAAUGUUUGAUUCUUUUGCAUGUAUUUACAAUAAGAAUUCCAUUUCAGUGGUGAGAAACUCCCAUCAGGAAAGUCAUUGAUUACUAUGUGAAAAUUGAGUGUUAACGUACGCUCAAACCAAAUAUUGAAAACCAUGUUUUUUAUUUAUUAAGAAUAAAGGACUGAUCUGAGUAAUUACUUUGUACAUAUUUCUUGCUUGUGUCCACCUCAAUUAAAUUAAUUAAAUAAUUGUCUUCUGAUUAACAAUCAACUAAUUAAAGUUAUCGUAGAUCAUUCAGGGAAUUCAGGAACUGAAUUUCAUUUUUUGAGUAAAGCUUAAUGGUUUGUUUUGGGGCAGAAUGCUUGUAAGAAGGAAUCUAAUUCUUAACAUACAAAUCUCAGAAUGAAAUGAUUUUAUGGGAUCAAAUAAGCUCUCUCUACCAGAAAUAUGCUUCACUUUGAAAAGAAUGCUUCUUAGUGAUCUGCGAGUGAUUAUACUAACGAAAUUCUCCUUAAGUGAACAUAGUGUGGAGGACUAUGUGUUCUGACAACAGACUGAAUGUUUUCUUUCUCUUUCCUAUUUACUGAUGGGAACUGUUCAGCCAUACCUUUUUGGAAAAUCUUAUCCAGACUUUCACUUUGAUUGUGCAGACUCAAGCUCUCCGGUUUUCAAUUGUUCCAAUUUUUUCAGUUAUGAGAAACAUUGUUUUCAUUAGUUUGGUUCUUUGAUAAAAUGGUUACCCCUUACAUUGCAAACAUGGUGACAGACAAAAUAAUGUUUAUAGAAGCAGCAUUUCAAGGUUUUGAGUCAAUAGGAUAAAUAUAUAGUAUUACUUACUGUAAAUGAAAUAAAUUAAUAUAUGAUGAACUUCUAACACUCCUUAGUAAUGUAACAUAAAAACAAAGUUAUAUGGUGGAUUAGUUGUUUUACAUACUUUAAUUGAUAUGAGGGGCAAACCCAUAUAUGUAUACACAUCAUUUUUUAUUUUAAAAUAAAAAAAAACAUGGACUUAAUUACAAACAUUUAUAUGCAUUAUACAUAUGUAUACAUAUAUGCACGCACACACACGCAGUGCAUGAUUUGCAAAUUUGUAGGUCCUGGAAAGAGCCUCAAAUUAAUUAUUAUUUCAAUAGAAAUAGUUACAUAUGUAUAAUAUAAUUUAUAAAUUAUAAACCGUAACAAUUACAAAUAUUAAAGAGCUUCCAAGGAUGGAAAACCGUAGAUGAGAGGCAUCAGUUUCAAAUAAUGUUCCAAUUUUGGUUUUUGAUGAAAUCAUUUUAGUUUUAAUUCAGUUUUUGUGUUGGAAAGAGUUCUGAAUGGUUUUUCUAUAUUUAUAUUAAUUCAUUAUCAAAGAAAUUAUAUUGUCUAAAAAGAGUAUUUUUUUAAUAUUGCUUGAAACCUACUUAUUUCAAAAAAAUGUGCAUGCUCGUAAUGAAAGAACUAAUUAUGGAGAAAACCUUUAUUUCAAUGAAAAAUCUCUUAUCUUAUUGUGUAGUUGUAGUGAGACGUGAAAAAUAUUCAAACUUUUGCAAUUUUCGAAAAUGAGUUAACAGUGAAAAUCAGACUAUGCCACCUUUAAAAGUGUAUUUUACUCUAUUUUUACAAGAAAUUUAAAGAAAAAAUUGGUUCUAUAUUUUAGAAAAUUUUGAAUAUUUCACAGGGAGUUUCAUGUAAAUUCCCCACAAAAUUAAUGAAUGUUUUUCAAAAUCCCUGACCUUUGAGGCCAGAUCAAAUCCUACUGAUAGUUUAGGCACUAGUGGUUUUCACAGAUAACAGAUGUACAGUCUAACGAAUGAACCUUUUCAAAGAAGAAAAACACCUCUUUAUUAUCAGGUGACUCCAAAAUAUGUAUUUCCAUUGAAGUCUGGAAAUUGGUUUUCUGCAGCAUUACUAUAUUAUAUAGAGUCUCUAUAUUAUGACGCAGUAAAAUGGUUGAACACACACAACUUGACUUUAAAUUAUGAAGUUAAAUUUAUCAAACAUAAAGUAUAAAAAACUAAGUAUUGUAAGAUUUACGUAAAAAAUAAAUCAAAUGAGGAAUUGAGAAGCCCUGAUAACCUGAAUAAAUGUAACUUUUUUUUAUCAUUUCAGUGAAAACGGUAUGAAUAUACAUGUUAGUUCAAUGUUUACAGGUUGCAUUUAAUUCUGAGUAAAUUUUAAAUUGUUUCAAUUUCAAGAUCUUGGAACCUGACACAUUUUCACAUAUAAUCCCUGCCCACAAUUUUUUUAAUACUUAAGUUUCUGCUCUUAACUAAAUUUUCUCAGAAGCUGCUCUUGUCUCCAUUAGCCUCGUAAUGCCAUAAAAUUGUCAAUGAAAGUUACAUAUGUAUAGUUACUCAUGAACAUUGCAAUGUGUGUUCGUAACCAUUUUUCAUUGAAAUGAAUAAAAAAAGUGUUACUUUGAAGAAAUGGCUUGUUUCUGAUUAACCCCAGUUGGAACAUUUUUCUUUUUUUAAAUUUUCGUUCACAAAAAUUAAUUUUGGAAAUUGAUAUAAUUGGUCUCUAUAUAAUUGUAGUUAUAGAACAUCAGUUUUUGUGUGUGGUGGGUAAAUAUCAUGUACUGUUUCAGUUUAAUGCCAUUCUUUUCACUUCACUUAAAUUCUCUCACACAUCUAACAAAAUCUGGACUUCGUCUUUUCAUUCUGUAUUCAACCAGAAUCUUUAUAUUUGUUAAGGCAAAUGGAAAAGCUCAAAAAACACUAAGCUCAAAUGG